AUGGCUUCCUCGCGCGCCCUCUCUCUCUUCCUCCUCUGCGCUCUGCUGCCCACGCCCCCCAUCUCAGUCUCAGCCGCAUUGCUGUUCAGCGGCGGCAAGUCGGCCGCGGCGGCCAAGCCGGGUCCGGGAGCCGACAUGGAGUGGCGGCCGGCCACCGCGACGUGGUACGGCGAGGCCGAGGGCGACGGCAGCGACGGCGGCGCGUGCGGGUACGGGACGCUGGUGGACGUGGUGCCGAUGAAGGCGCGGGUCGGGUCGGUGAGCCCCGUGCUGUUCAAGGACGGCGAGGGCUGCGGCGCCUGCUACAAGGUCAAGUGCCUGGACCGCGGCAUCUGCUCCCGCCGCGCCGUCACGGUGAUCGUCACGGACGAGUGCCCCGGCGGGCUCUGCGCCUUCGGCCGCACCCACUUCGACCUCAGCGGCGCCGCCUACAGCAGGAUGGCCGUCGCGGGGGCCGGCGGCCGCCUGCGCGACCGGGGCCAGCUGAACGUCGUGUACAGGAGGACGGCCUGCAAGUAUGGCGGGAAGAACAUAGCAUUCCGCGUGAACGAGGGCUCGACUAAUUUCUGGCUCUCUCUGCUCGUCGAGUUCGAGGACGGCGAAGGCGACAUCGGAUCCAUGCAGAUAAAGCAGGCCAACUCGGUGGAGUGGCUGGACAUGAGGCACGUGUGGGGGGCCACGUGGUGCCUGGUGCGGGGCCCGCUCGUGGGGCCCUUCUCCGUGAGGCUGACCACGCUGUCCGCCCGGAAGACGCUCACGGCCCGCGAUGUCAUCCCCAGGAACUGGACGCCCAAGGCCACCUACACCUCGCGCCUCAACUUCCAGCCGUCUCUCUAG